AUGUCCGAUCCAAGCUCUAUAAACGGUGGUAUUGUCGUCGCAAUGGCGGGUAAAGACUGUGUGGCCAUUGCCUGCGAUUUGCGUCUCGGGAGCCAGUCGCUGGGUGUGUCGAAUAAGUUUGAGAAGAUCUUCCAUUACGGCCAUGUGUUUUUGGGAAUUACCGGCCUAGCUUCCGACGUAACCACGCUGAACGAAACAUUCCGUUACAAGACCAACCUAUAUAAGCUGAAGGAGGAAAGGGCUAUAGAGCCGGAAACGUUCACGCAAUUGGUGUCUAGUUCGCUUUACGAAAAGAGAUUUGGCCCUUACUUUGUGGGCCCCGUGGUAGCCGGUAUUAAUUCCAAGUCCGGAAAACCCUUCAUUGCCGGGUUCGACCUAAUCGGCUGUAUCGACGAGGCCAAGGACUUCAUCGUCAGCGGUACUGCGUCCGACCAACUGUUUGGUAUGUGUGAGUCCUUGUACGAGCCAAAUCUGGAGUCUGAAGAUCUGUUCGAAACCAUAAGUCAGGCCCUACUAAAUGCUGCCGACCGUGACGCCUUGUCGGGCUGGGGUGCCGUAGUAUACAUCAUUAAGAAAGACCAGGUGGUGAAGAAGUACUUGAGGAUGAGACAGGAUUGA